GGCCAACAAACCACUGAAGAAGCAGCUGAAAGGAGUUGUCUCUCCAUUCUACCUGACCCUCCGAGUCCGAUUCUUCAUCUCAGACCCCAACUCUCUACAGCAUGACCAGACCAGACAUAUGUACUUCCUCCAGAUCAGGAGUGACAUCAGAGAGGGCAGGUUGAAGUGUCCUCUGAGUGCAGCUGUAGUACUGGCCUCCUAUGCUGUGCAGUCUGAGCUAGGUGACUACUCCCCAGACCUUCUCCCUGGUUACCUAUCCAAAAGCCACUUCCUCCCGGAGCAGGAUGAUGACUUCCUGUCUAGAGUGGAGGCUCUGUACCCAGGGCACAGGGGGCUGAAGCAGAGUGAGGCAGAGCUGUGUUUUCUCAACACAGCAAGAACUCUGGAGAUGUAUGGAGUGGAGCUACACACUGCCAUGGACUCUGACAGUUCCCCUCUAUUGGUGGGAUUGGCCUCAGGGGGCGUGGCUAUCUUCUGUAACAUGAUUUGCUCCAGUUUCUUCCCCUGGGUGAACAUCAUCAAGAUAUCCUUCAAGAGGAAACGCUUCCUUAUGCAGCUCAGACGCAAACAUGGGGAGACGCAGGACUGUGUGGUGAGCCUGGUCCUGCCGUGCCCCAGGGCCUGUAAGAACCUGUGGAGGUCAUGUGUGGACCAUCACUGCUUCUUCCACACCAACCUGGCAACCCGUAGCCCACACCACACCAAUCUGGCAACCCAGAUACACAACAAGCUGCUCUCACAACACUGGGCCUUGGGAAACACUAAAACAGACAGUGGUCCAGUGUGUAAGAAAGUGAUGGGUGGGAUGGAGUGGAACCCAGCUCUGAGGGGAUCCACCUCGUCAGAACACAUGGAGACCAAGAGCCUACCGUCCCGAUCCCCCCCGCUCACACCCAACUGGCGGAGUCCUCGCGUGCGUCAUGGCCCCUGUAAACCCCGCCCCUCCUCAGUGGAGCUGAACAAUGACCUGCGCGACAUGUCGGAGGGGGAGGAUGUCUUUUACACCUACAGGGUCUCCCUCAGCAGCAGUAGGGGCAGCCAGGAGGGCACGCCUACACACAGCCAAGGAGGUGGAUGGUCGCAGGUUGAUGACAUCAGCACAGGAGAGGAAGACAUUAAGGCCACCUCUCACUACCGGGACAAGCGUGCUCUUGGUGAUGGCGAUCUGCUAUUGGUGCGUCUCGCUCCUGAUCACGAUGGAAAGUUUGGUUUCAAUGUCAAAGGUGGCGUGGACCAGAAGAUGUCCCUGGCCAUAUCCCAGGUCAACCCUGACUCCCCUGCGGGGCGGGUUGAGCCAAGGUUGUUGGAAGGUGACCAGGUCGUGCUGAUCAACGGUCGCGACAUCUCUGAACACACGCAUGACCAGGUGGUCAUGUUUAUAAGAGCCAGCAGAGAGUCCCACUCCAGAGAACUGGCUCUGCUUAUACGACGCAAAGGUCCAGGGCGUGUGGCCCCCCUGCUGCAGUUUCCCUCUGCCCUGUCUCUGACUUGCCAAUCACACGGUGAUCCACUGCUUCUGCCUGGCCAAUCAGAACAAGGCCAGACACUUGAAGAGUCCAUGAAACAACUGGAGAGGGGAAUCCAGACAGGCACUCUCACCUUCCACUUCGAGAACCUGUACAUGAGGAAGCCUGGCCUGUCAGUAGCCUGCGCUCGUCUCCCUGAGAACACAGACAAGAACAGAUACAAGGACGUGCUGCCCUAUGACAUCUCCAGAGUGGUACUUCAGGACCAAGAGGACUACAUCAAUGCAAGCCACAUCACGGUGAUGCCCCCAGGGUCUGGUGUGUGUCUGCGCUACAUUGCAGCUCAAGGACCGCUGCCUCAGACCUGCACUCACUUCUGGCAGAGUGUGUGGGAGCAACACACACACACCAUCAUCAUGCUCACCACACUCACCGAGAGAGGACGGACUAAGUGCCACCAGUACUGGCCACACCCUCCUGAAGUGAGGGAUUAUGGGUACCUGAGGGUCAGCUGCCACUCUGAGGAAUGCAACCUGGCUUACGUCACACGCCAGUUCACCCUCACACACACACAGCUGGAAGAGGAGCGUUCGGUGACCCACCUGCAGUAUGUAGCAUGGCCAGACCAUGGUGUACCUGAUGAUCCCUCAGACUUCCUGCUGUUCAUCACCUCUGUUAGAGAGAGGAGGACAGGAGACACACCACUUAUGGUGCACUGCAGCGCAGGGAUUGGGCGUACAGGUGUUCUCAUUACCAUGGAGACGGCGUUGUCGCUGUUGGAGAGCGGUCAACCUGUGUGCCCUCUGGACAUCAUCAGGACGCUCCGAGACCAGAGGGCCAUGAUGAUCCAGACCACGUGUCAGUUCCGGUUUAUGUGUGAGGCCAUCCUGCGUGUCUACAGAGAGCGAGAGGAGACCAUUCUGCAGCACCACCCUCAGCACUGCUAAUGGACCAUUAACAGGAGGAUGGGGGGACAGCUAUCCACAAUGCUAGGCUAACAGGAGAAAAGGUCAAAGGGCCAGGAGCUGUUUGACCAGAUCAGGUAUCAUCUGGACCUGGUGGAGGCUGACUACUUUGGACUGCAGUUCAUGG